GGGAAACUGGUUGGGUCUGGUGUCCAGAAAGAAACGGAGAGCUUUGAGGGUUUCUGCUGGGGGACGGGACUGGACAUCCACAGUGAAAGUAAGAUGAUGAGGUCCAGGGAACCUGGAUCAUUGAGAAGAUCUGAUCCCGAACUGAACCCCCGGCUGAUCCGCGGCCCCCGGGGGUUCGCUGCAAUACCAGAAAUGACCGCGCGGGGGCCACAGCGGUCGCGCUGCACGUCGGGAUACGGUGCCGCCAUGUUGCCUGCCGGCAGCGCGUUGAGGCUGAGCCGGGCGCUGACCGAGGCGUCGGAGCGAUGCGGCGACGAGGAGCGGCAGCUGCGGGAGGACCGGGGACGGCGGAGCGGGACCGUCCAAGCCGGGAAGGGCCAUGCUGCAGACAUCCUCCAGGAGGAAGGAGUUGCCACCAACAAGACAGAGGAACAUUCAGAGAGCUCUGGACAGGUCUGUGGUCGUGGUGAGCUGCAGGAGCUGGAAGUGUUGAAUAAAGCCCUAGCUAAAGCCUUUCGAAUACGACAGACACACGGUAGGAUGCUGGAGGCAGAGCUGAUGCGAGUGGGCAGUCCUGCGGGCAGCACCCAGGUGAUGGACAGAAGCUCAACAAAGGAGGCCAGGAGCCAUUCACCAGGUGUUACUCACGGCACUGUCAGUGUAAAGGAGGGCAAGGCGGGUACUCAGGUGGUACCUUCACGGAGUGGUCUCAGUGGGAAGAGGACUACAGCGCAUUCUGCCUCCUUCAGGAAACCAGUGGCUGUUGCGUUGAAAGCUCCAUACAAAACCGAGCAGGUAGGGAGGAGGAGGUUGGUGUGGUCCGCUGCAGGACGUGCUGCUCAGUGCUCUUUGCAAAGACGACCACGAGCAGAGGGAGUCGUGGCCACACAGCAUCCAGUUCAAAGGGCAGGAGAGAGAAACCUUUCUGCAAACCCCACCCUGAGGACGUUCCGACGCCACGUACAGACCCCUGCAGACCCAGACGCUGGUUCCGCUGCACCAUUUCCUCUUGUUAAGCAGCAAACUGAGAAAAGAACUGAAGAGCCACCGAAGGCAAGUGUUUGCAAAGGGGACAAGCUGCAGACUGACACCUCUAUUGUGGAGAUGCCCAUAUUAAUCACACUUCACACAAGCAGGUCUUCACUGCAGCUUCCUGCAACAUGGAGAAAGCAACACAUCCGAAGCAUGCGCUUGUGGGACAAAGUAUCCAAGAGCAAAGCCAUUGCCACUCAGGGGAGGACCCACUUCAUGGAGAGGAUCCAGUCAGCCUUCCAUUCACAGCUUCCGUCUGUGAGUAACGCGGAGAUUGAAGAGCGAUUAGACCACAUCUCUGAUCUGUACCGUUGCAUCAACCAGUAUAUGUACACAGACUCUCUGCUCAAUUCCAUCGAUGCUCUCAGUUGUCAGCGGGAACGUGAGCGAGAGCAGGCACUGGACAGAUGCCAGGAGACUCUAUCUAGCCUCCUUCACUGCAUUCAGCAGCUGAGAGAUGGUGCAGGAGCCUGGAUGAAAGUUGGGAUGUGCUGGAGACCGGUGUUCAAAGCGUGUGGAAAUGCUAGCGGCGAGAGAGCACCAUUGCUGCUGUAUUCCAGUCUAGAGGAGCUGAAGGAGCUGGAGUACCUCAGGUUUCAGGUGCAGACUCUCCAACAGCAGAUCCACAUUCAAACGGUCCUGAUGGAGGAGUUGAUUCCCCUCAUUUCUGCACAGCAGCCCCCACCCCACCUGUAUCGAGCAGCCUACUCCCUACUGUGUGAGGGGGGACAGCAUUUCCCUGCAUUAGUGUUGGAUAAUGUGUCUGACUAACACCCUACACUGGUCA